UUCCGGUUGGGUCCAUUACUGCUUCUCUCAUUUCAGAUGUUUUGUUUUUUUCCCCCCCGAUGAUGUGUAUUGAGCCCAGCUGCCAUUCAAACUUCUCCAAACAGACACGCUGCCUCUCCACAGCUCCAGGUGUGAUGCCUUCACACCUCGGCGGGCCCGCAGACGUCUGAGGCGGCUGCGCGGUGCGAGUCAACCUCGAUGGUCGCCCCAUUCACACGUGCAUCGCCUUUGAUCGCUGGAGGAUUUAAUUCAAAUGAGCACGCGGCUCUCGAUCUCAGUCAGUCGCUGGUGGAGGAUCAUGUCUGCGGUUCAUGGGACCACGCGCGCUGGGGAUCUGAACUCCUUCCUGAUGUCCCAAGGAGGACACCAUCAGAACACGAUGGAUUCAGACUUUGGAGGUUCUCCUCCGAAGUCAAAGAUCAAUGUGGUCCAAACCCACAGAAGAAAGAGGACCAAUUUCACUCAAGAGCAACUCCAAGUGCUAGAAAACUUUUACUCCAACAUCAAAUACCCUGACAUCUACCUAAGAGAGCAACUGGGGGCCCUGACUGGGCUGCAAGAGGCUAGAAUUCAGGUGUGGUUUCAGAACAGAAGGGCAAAGUCUCGUCGUCAGGUUGGUACAUCAGCCCCCGGAAAGGCAUCCAAAGCACCAACAGCUGAUCCUGUUGCUCAACUCCACAUGAGAAUGGGUCACCAAGAAAAUGUUCACAACAGCAGCCCUGCCACAGAGAUGCAAAGGAUAGGAGCUUUUGGAGGGAACAACAGUUUCAGGCCAACAAUGUACCAAAGCGCCGAGGACAACAGGACCGCUCCUCCAACCAAACCCAGCAGCUUUGCACACCCCCAGUUUUCCUGCAUCUACGACAAAAACGGAAGCAGAGUGACGACCGAGCAGACGCAGCAAAGCAAACCCAGCCUGACAAUCCCAAUCCCAAGCUCUAGCGUCCAUUUUUAUCCAAAGAUGGAUGCCAACAUAACGGGUGACCAGGACUCAAAGGUUCUGAUGGAGUAUGAAAACUUCCCACCAAAUAAAACCAUUGGACCAGAGAUGAAAGUUGUGAUUCCUCCCAUUCUGACCCAAAGUAACUUCCACAGGUUUUCCCCAGAAGACGACGGAUGCCAAAUGCAGUAUUCACAGCCGAGAGCUGCGGAAAGCGUUGGUCACUUCUCCCCGAUCCAAACCACAGAAGAAGAGGACGCCAUUGAUUCUAAUUCUGAGUGGGAGAACGAGGUCAUGGCUGACUUUGGUAGCUUUAUGUGAGGUUUGUUUUCCAUGAGAACGACUAAAACCAGUAUUUAUUUCAUUGUAAUAAAGAUGUUUGACACUUAAAUAAAUAACAAACCUGUUAAUUUGUACGAUCUACAAUCUGUGAAUAAACGUAGACAACCAAAA